AGCAACUUUCUGAUGACGGGACCAAAGGCCCAUCUCACCUAUGCGAGGAGCGUGCAGGUGGGCACGCGGAGCGGGGUGGAAGAGUGCAAACACCAGUUCGCGUGGGACAGAUGGAACUGUCCCGACAGCGCAACCCAGCUGAAAGGACUGAGACUGGCCACAAGAGAAACUUCGUUCGUCCACGCCAUCAGUGCAGCGGGGGUCAUGUACACUCUGACCAGGAACUGCAGUCUGGGAGACCUUGAAAACUGUGGCUGUGAUGUUCCAAACAAUAAUGGAAAAAUAGGUGGUCGAGGUUGGUUAUGGGGGGGCUGCAGUGAUAACGUGGAUUUCGGGGAGAGGAUUUCCAAACUGUACGUUGAUGCGCAGGAGACAGGACAGGACUGCAGAGCUGCUGUAAACCUGCACAACAACGCAGCUGGACGGCAGGCCGUGAGGGCGACACUGAAGCGCGUCUGCAGGUGCCACGGCAUGUCGGAGAGCUGCAGCGUCCAGACCUGCUGGACGCAGCUGUCUGACUUCAGGGAAAUCGGCAAUUACUUAAAGCUCAAGCACGGUCAAGCUCAGAAGCUGGACGUGGACAAAAGGCGCAUGAGGGCCGGGAACAGCGCGGACGCGCGCGCAGCGAUCCUGGACGCGUUUGGCACCAUCGCGGCCUCGGAGCUGAUCUACCUGGAGGACUCCCCGGACUACUGCCGGAGGAACAGCAGCCUGGGCCUGCAGGGCACCGAGGGAAGGGACUGCCUGCAGCCCGGGGACGGCCUGGGCCCCUGGGAGAGACGCAGCUGCCGCAGGCUGUGCCACGACUGCGGCCUGCGGGUGGAGGAGAGGCGCACGGAGGUGGAGAGCAGCUGCAACUGCAAGUUCCACUGGUGCUGCAAGGUGAACUGCGAGAACUGCUCCCAGGUUAUUGUGAAGCACAUGUGCGCCAGGAGGGACGCCGUGGACGGCCACGGGGUCAGGCGGAAACACCGGGGACCCAAAUGA